AUGUCCACGAGUCCUGCUAACAUUCAAGAAGCGUCGAAUAGAAAUAACGAUGCACCAGAACGCGCCGGUGGGCUUCCGAAGCGUUCCAAAGUUGGUGCACGCACGAGCCAGUACGAUACUGAUGAUUUUGUCGAUGAUGUACCUAUACGCUGUCAGGAAGAAAUCACAAAAUCUCGGAAUGAUAAGGGCAAGUGCAAAAUUGAUGAUACCGACAUUAUAGUCAAACAUUCUGUUGAUGAGGCUUCUGACGUUGAUGUGGAAAGUGAUGACGAUGAAGUGUUUCUGAGUGUGUCUACGAGGACUUCAGCCGGUAUGUUUGUCAAGGCGAUUUCCGGUCUGUCAAAUGCGAAGAAGAAUGCAGUCCGUGAAAUGGGCUUUGGACGUUUGUUGGAGUUGUCCAUAACUACAACGCCGUUGAAGAUGGGUUUUUGGUUGGUAAACAACUUCAACCACCUGGACCGGAAGCUCCAAUUGUACGAUGGGAUAAAGUGCACGUUAAGGAAGAAGAUGUAUAUGCUGUGUUUGGGUUGCCUCGUGGAGAUCUCGAGGCCCUCGAACAUUACGACGCUGAAGGUCUUGGAUAAGAUCAACGAAUGCGAUGAUGGUGGUGUUUGGUUCAAGAGCCAUUUCAUAGUCCUUACGGUAUCGUGUUUGUUUGAGAGCUGUCUGAAUGGAAUAGCGAACUCCCGUAUAGUGCAUGCACUUGACGAUUUAUCGGACGUUCGCGAUAUGAAUUGGUGUUCAUACAUGAUUAAAUGCUUGGUCGACACAAAGAGAUCAUGGGAUGCCAACAGUAAACAAAAGAAGACUUAUGCAGGGCCGUUACUGUUCUUGAUGUUAUUCUACGUGGACAAGGUAGUGUUGUCCGUGAGAUCGGUCCCGCGGAGGUUCCCGACGUUUAUUUCCUGGAGUAACGAGGCCUUAAGAAACAGAGAACGUGACGAGAUCGCUUCAGGGGCCUUCGGGAGAGGUUUCGUGGAUGCAGACGCUCUCGAUAUCCACCAGCUUGAUAAAAUGGGUACGAACUCUGACGACGUCACUGCUGGGGUCCCAGAGAAUUGUAGUGUACAGGCCCUGCAAGUUCUACUUGAAGAUGAGAACUUUGUGAAAAUGAACGAGGCGGCGCACAAGCUUCUUGGAGUGUACAAUGAAUUGCCACGCAGUGACCCGAACUAUCCCGUUAAUAGUCAGGAAUGUGGCCCAAUCGGAAAAAAGGAUGGCGUAACAGCUGCACUCGAUGAGGUUAUGAAUGCAAUUGAACGGCGAUACCGCUUCAAGAGGAUGCACAAUGAGGGGCCCAAUUACAGCUUGGGGUUGGGUUUGACUCCAGAUUAUGUUGUUGUCGCCGAUGGCAUUGAUGAUGGCACACAUCAGCUCAAUGUUGAUGUUUUGGAUCAUGUCGAGGCUGCAGACGGGACACCGAGGCCGAAAAGGUGUACUAAGGUAGCGAGUAUAAUCAAGUCUCCAUUUAAAGUAAGGUCGAUUGAUGUUACAAAGAAACUUGAUGCUCACGAAAAAAUGCUCGCUAACUGGGUAUUGAAGAAAGACGAUGAGGACGGCGAUGUUAUCAUUUAUCAAUCAUCCGAGUUUUCUGCGAAGAAACAUCUUGUGUCAUGCUUGCUGCCAGAUUCGGCCAUCACAAACGAGCUUCUAGACUUGUGGUCGUGCAUUCUGAACUACAAUGAGAACUUCAUGAGUCGUGGCACAUCUACGUGUUUUUAUGCCUCUACAUCUCUAUGUAUCGAGCGGCAAUCACUCUCGAAUUAUCUAGGCCAGAGGAGUUUGGUAAGAAGGUCCAAAUCUGUUGCUUUGUCUGUCCCUGAGGUCGUAUGCCCAGCCUGGACCGAGGAUGUUGAUGCGGCAGACGCCAGCGUGAUCACGAUGCGCCAUAUGGAGACGUUUAAAGGUUCCAUUAAUGUUGGGUACACUGUUACUCAAAUUCGUGAUGAUGCGGUGUUGAUACGAUUUUAA